AUGGAAUUCCUAACAUUAUCCCUCAUAAUUAGUUUAAUAUUACGAUUUUCAACCGCAGAAGGAUUACAAAAAAGAGAUUUAUCAAAUCCAUCGGUCAGUGAAAUUUUAUUUGAAGGUGUUGGUUUUACAGGGUAUUAUUCCCAGAUAAAAAAAUUGGUAGAAGAUGGCAGUUGUGAUUGUGAAAUUGGAGGAAGUUAUUACUUUUCAGGACCCAAUAGUCCCCUUGAUGAAGAAGUUGCUGUUCAUUUUAGAGGUCCGUUAUCACUAUAUAAAUUUGCUUAUUACACAUCGGAGUAUUUUGAUGUAAGUGACAAUAGUACCUCCAAGUCAUGGACUCGUCGAGCAUACUACGAUUCUGAAUCAGCAACAACGGAAAAUGUCACAUUUUUAACAAAAGCAGGUGACAAUUCAACGUGCUUAGGUCAAGCUUUAACCUAUGCCUCCAGUGAUGGUGUUUCAAAAGCAUCAAGCGCCACACCGUUAGGUUCGGGUAAUUUAAUCACAUCUGAUGAAGAAUAUGUUAUUUUUUCGAAUAUUUCAUGUUCUAAAUCUGGGUAUGAUAAGGAUUGUGGUGUUUAUAGAAAGGGGAUACCUGCUUACCAUGGAUACUAUGGUACUACAAAAAUGUUUUUAUUUGAAUUUAAAGCACCUACAGAAACUCAAGAGAACAGUACCUCAUUUUCUUAUUAUGAUAUGCCUGCUAUUUGGCUGUUGAAUUCCCAUAUUGCUAGAACUUCACAAUAUCCAACAAAUAGUAAUUGUUCCUGUUGGGCUAGUGGUUGUGGUGAGUUUGAUAUUUUUGAAGUUAUGAAUGGUACCCAAAAAAAUAACUUUUAUUCCACUUUUCAUACUUUCCAAGGGACCGGUGUCUUAGGCACUGGGUUACAAGCUUUUGGCCAUGUUGAUAGAGACACCGAAGACACUAUGCUAGGUGGUGUUAUUUUUGAUAGUGUUGGUAAUACACUUGUGUUUAUGAAUAACGAAACGACUUUUGGUUCUUCUAUCGAAGUUUCUGAUAUAUCAGCCCUUUUAAAUUUAGAAGAAGAAGAGGAAGAAGAUGAUGUUGUUGUGAGUAGUUUAUCUAGCAUUUCGAUUAGUUAUUCUACGACUUCUACUGCAAAAUUCAAAAACAAUGGACACUCAUUAUUUUACAGAGAGGAUGUUUUAAGCUAUUAUAUUUCGAUUAUUAUUUUAAGCUUAUUAAAUAUGCUUUUAUAG